CGCGUAGAAGUAUUUCAAUCCCCCCUCCCCGCUAUUUUAACCUUUCGCCUUCUUCACAUCUACUUGUAUGAGUCGUGGCAUUUAGUCAGGUAUACAGAGUAAAUAGUUAAGGCAUUUCUGGGUCUAUAUCCUUUCAGCCUUUUUUUAAUUUAACUACGCUAUCAAGGUUAAUUAUAUUAGAAAAUAAGUUUUUUAGAUUAUUUUAAUUAUUAGAAUUUGAGACUCUGGAUGGGUUAUUUAUAAAUUUGGAUUCAUUUUUGUGAUUUUGUAUAAGCUUAGCUUAUAGAGUGGCUCAUUUCUCAUUGUGAGACAUUUCUUAAGGUGGAUAUAAGAUACUGAGUGUAAGUCUUUGACUUUUGAAUCAUUGUGAUAGUUGAGAGAGCUUAAGAAAAACUUGUGAGAUUUCUAGACUAGUUAAGGCAAAAUAAUUUACCAUAUUUACUUAGGAAAAUCAUCCCUUUCGUGAUCUUUUGAUCAAGUGCACAGAGGCAAAAUAAAGGUGUACUCUAUUUGGGAAUCUCAGGACCUAGUUAUAAACUUGUGGUGUCGGCUACCUCGGCAGGUCGCAUGGAGUUUCACAACCUUUAUGAAUUUAUCUUUUUUUACUACAUCCUCAUUAAUUACAUCUGCUUUUCUAGCUUCUUUCCUUAUCUUUGGCCAACCACCAUUCCGCCUCUUUUCUUUAAAAGAGUCUGCUUCCUUUGGACUUGGCAAAUCUUCCAUUGAUGUUCCUUUGACAUUUUCCCUAUCUUUACAGGUCUACCAUCGUUGUCCUUUUCGUAUCCCUAUUUAGAUUCUUGAUAUUGCACUAUUGAUUCCCGUUCUAUGGAUGCUCGCAACAAUUGGCUACCCUUGAUUGUGAGCCUGCCCGUUUUUAUUUAUCGAUCACAAUACAAACAUGUAUACAUUCCACUCUCAACCCUCGCCUCAUGCAUAAUUUUCUUAGCUAUCAUCAUGUUUCCACUCCCUUCUUUAAACCUAUAUUGCAUAUUUGCACACUAGUGAGGCACUUUCCCAUAUGGAAUAGCAGCAUGCUAUAUUUGUUGAAGUGAAUGCUCUUCAUUUUUGUGGGAGAUGAGAAUUUGUUCCCCUUCAUCAUAGUAAGCCUAUUGUUGGCUAUCCGUGGAUAUAUACCGUGACAGUUGGCCUUGAUGAUAAAUUGAUAAAGCAUGUUUAGUUGCAAACGGGCACACUCAGUUUAUGAACUAUGACCUUGAUUAUGCUAGACAUAUUUUAUCUUUUUGCUAGGAGUAAUACAACAACAACAACCGAGUUAAAUCCCACAAGAGUAGGGUCUGGGGAGGGUGUGUGUACGCAGACCUUGCCCCUACUCGAAAGUAGAGAGGCUGUUUCCAAAGAGACCCCCGGCUCAACGUUGAAAGUUGCAUUGCUUGACUAACUGCUACUUCAUUAAUUAAAGAAGCGCAGACAGUUUAGAGAUCCAUUUUGAUUUAUUCCAUCACACCCCAAAGCCAAAAAUGGUGAAAUUUUGGCUCCAUCGGGAUGAUGGAAACUCAUCCCGAUUAUGGAGGGAUUAUGGAGAUCAUGGGGUUGUGAUUCCCGUUUUUCCGGUCUCGUUCUCUCCCCAUCUCGUCCAUAAUCUGGUGGUGUGGGCCACGUGUCCCGCUCCUUCUCUGGACUGGGUCGUCUUGAUUUAAUCCAUGAUUGGGCCGUCCCUUUCCCAUCCGCCAUGCGUGUAGUAGCAGGCUCGGCCCGUUACCCCCACUUGGCCUUAUCCAUAUUAUGCUAUUAUGUGCCUUUAUUGGGCCUGGAGUCGGGUCCAUCAGACCCGAUAUCCAUCAAACGGAUUUCUCGUUUCUAUAAUAAGGAGAAAUAAUUUGACAAUAUAAAAUUGAAAAAAUAAUAUUGCUAGCUUUUUUACUACUUUAAAUUCUCAUGUAACUUUUUUCCUUUUAUUUGGAAUGAAACACAUUAUAACUUGUCCUACAUUAGUAUUGCUUGUCAUUGACUAGAUAAUGAUUGGGUGAUGCAUAAACGUGUUUUUUCUUUUUUGUGAUUUUAAUGAAUCUCAUACGGGUGAUGAUAUUAUUCUUUUUGCUUGAGCAUAUUAUGAAAGUAUACAAUUUACCUGAUAAAGUGCUUGCAUUUGGCUUUGACAAUGCUACUAAUAACACUACUGUCAUUCCUAGACCUACACAACUUCGUUUCCCUAAUAGCGCCAUGGGUAAAUUCCUACACGAAAGGGAUGUAUGUCAUUUUUAAAUUUGUAUGUUCAGCAGGGAUUACAUACUAGGUGUGGUGGCGGGGGUUAACAAACAAAUCGAGUGGUUGGAAUUAAUUUGGGAUAGUCAUUUGAAUUAUAAUGCAUGGAAAGCUUACUGUAAAUCUAGGGGUAAAAAAACUAAUAACAUUUGUUAAGGACAUUACGAUUAGAUGGAAUAAUAUAAUACCUAUAAGUUGAUUGCACAAAUAUUGAUGUAUAAAGAAGAACUUGUUUCCUUUCUCAUAUAAUUGGUUUUUUUGAGUUUAUUAUUUUUGAAGAGUUGAACAACAUGUAAGAAGUUCUUAAUAUUUUCUCGCAUGUUUACAAGCUUACAUGAUUCUUUUCGGAGUAGAUUAGGGAAAAAUGGCAUUCUUAUUACUUGUAUAUUCUUGAUAUUUACAAAAUUGGUAUUAUUUGUGAUCCAUGUAAUGCCCUGAAAUAUACCCUAGAAUUUCAUAAUGAAUUUUUAAUAAAUCGUAAUUCCAAUUUUUGUUUAAAUUAAAUAAACAUCAAAAGAAAAUGUUUUAAUAAGAUGUUUUAAAAAAGAAUCUUUUAAUCAUCAAGAUUAUACUCGAAUCGAACUCCUCGAUGGAACGAGCUAAGUUUGACGACAUGUCCCGCGUACGAAUGCGACUUACGAAGGUUAGGGGUUUGGCCGUCCGAGACUGAAAAGAUUAUAAAGAAAUCAAAUAAAAUACAAAUAUGAUGUAAACAUAAUAUUAUCCCACAAAAUUUGGGUUUUCGGACAGAUCUCGAGAAAAUGUGACCAACGACAUACUAUUUGUCAAGUUUCGAAUUUCGUGUGAACUGUGGUGAGCGAAAUGGUCAAUACAGUUGAGUAAAUUAAUGUAAAGGGAUUUAGUAAUAUAAUAAUGAUAAUGUUAAUGAUAAUGAUAAUGAUAAUGAUAAUGAUAAUACUCCCUCCAUUCUUAAAAACACUUCCUCUUUCAUUUUUUUCACUUCCAACAAAACACUUCCACUUUCUAUUAAAAAAUCACUUUUACCAUUAGUUUUUCAUACCCUACCUAUCACAUCAUAUUUUUUCUCUAACAAUCUAUCCAUCACAUCUUACUUUUACUCAUCACAUCAGGGGAAAAUAUUGAAAAUCAAUUAUAAUUUAAUACUUCCUUAUUUUUGCUCCAAGUCAAAAUAGAAAGUCUUUUUGCAUAAGGAUUAGAGAGUAAUAAAUAAGGGAAAGGAACGGACAUCCGUUAGGCAUAUAUACGGUCAUGGUCUUCUCCUUCGUUUCACACGCAACCAGAGGGGAACUUCGCCGGCCAAGAUCUUCCUUCAUCGUCUUCACUCUUCGCACGCUAGACUAGGAGUUUCACUGGAGACAUCGCCUGAGCUACACGGAGGUCGCCAGAGUGUGCAUUAAUUCAAUUGAGAUUUAUUUGCCAACUUAAUCGAGGUGCUCGUUUGAAUUGAUUCGUAGAUUAUGAUCCGUUAGUAUAUUUUUGUGCAAUUGAUGUUGGAUUUGUGAGUUGAAUUGUUGAAUUAAUUGGGUGAUUGAGUUUGGAUUUGGGAUUGGAACGUUACUACCUAUUUCUCUUCUCCUUCGAUCUGUUCUGUUCUCCCUCAUUCCGUUCUGCUCUGUAUUUGGUUCUCUGGCCGCUGCUAUCUUUGAGGGUUGCUGCCAUGCCAGCUUGUCGACGCGGGACGAAGCUACUGUCGGAUUUCCGUUGUUGUGUUUCCGACCAUGGAGGUCGCCGCUGGUACGGAUUGCCACUCGGGUCGCCGGUGACCCCGCUGCUAGACAAGAAGUUCGCCGCUGGUUUGAAGAGUAACUGCCGCGAGGUCGCUAACCUUCUGUUGACGCUGUGCCUGUUCCUUGAAGCAGUUGCCGCCGUAAUUACCGGUCCAGGGAAGAAGAACAAAGCUGCCCCUGUCUCCUCUGUCGCGCGUUCCAGUUUGCAGAAGAGGAGGACGUGUUGGGCCGGGUUGACAAUGGGGAGCGGGUACUCUUUUGACAAUAGGACUGGGGAUUUAAGUUUCUAAAAUUGUAGAUUGACCCCAUGAUCCUCAAGACGUUGCAAUUAGGCCCUCUUCUAUUUUAUGCCUCUAAAAUAUGAAUAAAGACUACAAAUUAAUUUAAUGCAUUGUUUAAACUAAUGAAUUGAGCAAGGAUAAUUAUGUGAUUAAAUUGGAUUAUGGGAAUAAGCCACCUGGUAUAUCUAGGAAGGUUUGAGUUAAACA